CAAAGAUGGUGUCCCGCGGAGCGGCUGUGAUCUUUGCCCUGCUCGCGCUGAACCUCGCCGUGUCGUGCCAGGCUAGCUUGCAGUAUGGAUUCUACAAGGGCAAGUGUAAGAACCAGGAUGUUGAGACCAUCAUCCGAAACAUCGUGACCGCGAGUUGGUUCGGAGACCAAAAGAUCGUCGCGGGCCUCCUGCGGCUGCAGUUCCACGAUUGCUUCGUUCGCGGUUGCGACGCGUCGUUGCUCUUGGACGGGCCGACGAGCGAGAAAACCGCAUUCCCGAACCUGACGGUGUUCGGCUACGACCUCAUCGAUCAAAUAAAGGCGGCCUUGGAGUCGGCCUGCCCCGGCGUGGUCUCGUGCGCCGAUAUCAUCAUCGCUGCAACCAGGGACGCCGUCGUAUUGGCUGGGGGCCAAAAGUAUGAGGUGCAACUAGGAAGGAGGGAUGGGACGGUGUCGCAAGCUUCACUAGUCAAUCUCCCGGCUCCCGAGAUUUCCGUUGCCGCUGCAAUCCAAUUCUACGCUCAGAGAGGGUUCGGUACCCGUGACAUGGUUCUUCUACUAGGUGUUCACACAGUGGGAGUCACUCACUGCUCCAUCGUCAACAACCGUCUCUAUAACUGGAACGGGUCGGGCAAGCCGGAGCCGAACAUGGACCCGUUCUACGUGAUGGUACUCCAGAACGUGGCGUGCCCGAUUGGCCAGACCUUCGACAACUUCGUCUUCCUCGACGACCCGUCCAGCGUCCUCAAAGUCGACAACAGCUACUACAACCAGCUCCUCAGGAAGAGAGGGAUCCUCCCCAUUGAUCAGGCCCUAGCGUUGGACCCCACCACUAAGCCCAUAGUCCAACAAUUGGCCGGUAACAAUUGGACUCUUCCUCACCCAAUUGGUCAAGGCCCUGGUCAAAAUGGGUGCGUUCAGGUCUAA